AUGGAUGUUUCUCACUGCUCCGCUCUGCAGCUCCAGGACAACUCUUUCCUGUUCGACUGCGAGUCCCUGCUGGACAAGUUUUACGACCCUCUGGCUUUCGAUCCGGCAGCAGACCCGGGUUACUUCAGCGCCGGGAGCAGCCUGUCUCCCACCUCCUCUGUGGACUCCUUCUGCUUCUCCCCCGCCUCCCUCCAGAGCUCCUCAAACCAACAAGACGCUUUGGACUGCUUCGUUUUCAAAAGCCCCGCGGCGCCUCGUCUCUCCAACGAGACACAACAGUCCUGCCCCUCCACCACCACCACAAAGAAGUCCAGGUCGAGGUACCCGGGGAAGAAACGUCAGACGGCCAGCGAGAGAGAGAAGCUGAGGAUGAGGGAUCUGACCAAGGCCAUGCAUCACCUCAGGAACUACCUGCCGGCGUCGGUGGCUCCAGCUGGGCAGACCCUGACCAAGAUCGACACCCUGCGCCUCACCAUCCGCUACAUCUCCUACCUGUCGGCUCAGCUGGGCCUCAGCGAGGAGGCGCUGGAGCAGAGGGCGUCCUCGGGCUCCGUGGAGCAGCCACAGACCCUCAACCAGUUCCUGGGUCAGCCGACUACCAGCUACCUCCCUCAGGAGCCGGAGAGUCCCAGCAUGAGCACGGCACACAUGUCCUAUCUGCAGCCCUCAUAUCAGGUCUCUGAAGUUUCUGCAGAAUGUUUCCCCAGCGAGCAUUACUGGAUGCAGCAGCAGCAAUUUGAGGACGUCGUCCCGUUCUCUGGACACUGCUGA